AUGCCAAAAUCCCUGUUGUUCUUCUACUGUUACAUUGGUUUUUCUCUUGUUUUUGCUCAACCUGCUCCGAAUGAAGAAGUCUCGAUCUUGAUGUCGAUAAAAUCAGCUUUGGUUGAUCCAAUGGACUGCCUCAAAGACUGGAAAAUGCCAAGCAAGAGUGUUGAGAAUGAGUUAGUUCAUUGUAACUGGACUGGCGUUUGGUGCAACUCCAAAGGCUUUGUGGAGAAGCUUGAUCUCUCCAACAUGAAUCUCAGCGGCCGCAUGUCGGAUCACAUUCAAGGCUUGACCGGCCUCUCUUCUCUCAACAUUUGCUGCAACGGGUUCGAGGCAUCCUUGCCGAAAACUCUGUCCAAUCUCACCUCACUGAGGACUAUUGAUGUGAGCCAAAACUACUUUGUUGGCAAGUUUCCAACAGGUCUUGGAAGUUCUGCGGUGUUGACUUUGGUCAAUGCAUCGAGCAACAACUUCUCCGGAUUCCUUCCUGAGGAUCUUGGCAACGCGACAUCGCUCGAGAGCUUGGAUUUCAGAGGGAGCUUCUUUGAAGGUUCAAUUCCUUUAUCCUACAAGAACCUGCAAAAGUUGAAGUUUCUUGGCCUUUCGGGUAAUAAUCUCACUGGAAGAAUCCCACCAGAGCUUGGCCAACUUUCAUCUCUUGAGACUAUUAUUCUUGGAUACAAUGAGUUUGAAGGUGAAAUCCCAGCUGAGAUUGGAAAUCUUACAAAUCUUCAGUAUCUUGAUUUGGCAGUUGGGAGUCUCAGAGGCCAAAUUCCACCCCAGUUAGGCAAGCUGCAGAAACUCACCACAGUUUAUUUGUUUAAAAAUAGCUUUACAGGAAAGAUUCCACCAGAGAUUGGUAACAUUAUAUCUGUAGUGUUUUUGGAUCUUUCUGAUAACCAGAUUUCAGGGGAGAUCCCAGUAGAGCUUGGAGGGUUGAAGAAUCUGCAGCUUUUGAACUUGAUGUGCAAUAAUCUAACCGGUUUGGUUCCUGAGAAGCUUGGAGAGUUGACAAAGUUAGAGGUUCUUGAGCUGUGGAAGAAUUCUUUGACGGGUCCUUUGCCAAUGAGCCUUGGAAAGAACUCUCCAUUGCAGUGGUUAGAUGUGUCUUCAAACUCAUUAUCAGGUGAGAUCCCACCAGGUUUAUGCGACUCUGGCAAUCUCACUAAACUCAUGCUCUUCAACAACUCGUUUUCUGGUUCGAUCCCAUUAGGCCUUUCAAAUUGUUUGUCCUUGGUCAGGGUUCGGAUUCAAAACAAUCUCAUUUCUGGGACAAUCCCAGUUGGCCUGGGAAGUCUACCUAUUCUUCAAAGGCUGGAAUUGGCCAAAAACAAUCUCACUGGCCAUAUUCCUGCAGAUAUUGCUAUGUCUACGUCGCUUUCUUUUAUAGAUGUCUCUUGGAAUCACCUUGAAUCAUCUAUUCCCUCUAGUCUUCUCUCCAUUCCAAAUCUCCAAACUUUCAUGGCCUCAAACAACAACCUGAAAGGUAAAAUCCCAGAUGAGUUCCAAGGUUGCCCUUAUCUCUCUGUGCUUGAUCUUUCAAACAACCAUUUCUCUGGACAAAUCCCAGAGAGCAUUGCUUCUUGUGAAAAGCUGGUGAAUUUGAACCUCAGGAACAACUCUUUCACAGGGGAAAUCCCCAAAGCACUUUCCACAAUGCCCACAUUAGCCAUCCUUGACCUCUCCAACAACUCUCUUGUUGGUCGUAUACCCGAAAACUUUGGAAGCUCACCAGCCUUGGAAAUGCUCAACUUGUCUUACAACAAGCUUGAGGGUCCAGUUCCCCACAAUGGGAUCCUAAUGACCAUAAAUCCCAAUGAUCUCAUAGGCAAUCCGGGACUUUGCGGUGGCAUACUUCCACCAUGCACAAGAAGUUCCUCUUCAACAACUGGACACGCAAGGAACAUGCACAUCAACCAUGUCGCUAUUGGUUUCAUCGUUGGGAUUGUAGUGAUUUCUUCACUAGCUCUAGCAUUUUUUACGGGUAGAUGGGUGUACAGAAAGUGGUACUUGUACAACAGCUUCUUCAGUGACUUGUUUAAGAAGGAUAGUGAAGAGUGGCCUUGGAGACUAGUCGCGUUUCAGAGAGUGAACUUCACAAGCAGUGAGAUUCUUGCUUGUAUCAAAGAAUCAAACAUCAUUGGCAUGGGAGGGACUGGCAUGGUUUACAAGGCUGAAAUCCACAGGCCCCAUUCAGUCGUGGCAGUGAAGAAGCUGUGGAGGGAAGGAUCAGACAUCGAAGGAGGCGACGAUCUAUUGAGCGAAGUUAAUCUUCUCGGCAGGCUUAGGCACAGGAACAUUGUGAGGUUAUUGGGAUAUCUUCACAAUGAAACAGAUGUUAUGAUGAUCUAUGAGUACAUGCCAAACGGGAACCUUGGGACCGCUCUUCAUGGGAGUCAAGCAGGAAAGUUGUUGGUCGACUGGGUUUCGCGCUAUAACAUUGCGGUAGGAGUUGCUCAAGGCUUGCAUUAUCUCCACCAUGAUUGUCACCCACCAGUCAUCCAUAGGGAUAUCAAGUCUAACAACAUACUGCUUGAUGCAAAUCUGGAGGCCAGAGUUGCAGAUUUUGGAUUGGCAAGGAUGAUGAUCCAUAAGAAUGAGACUGUUUCAAUGGUAGCUGGAUCUUAUGGAUAUAUUGCACCAGAAUACGGGUACACAAUGAAAGUUGAUGAGAAGACAGACAUAUAUAGCUAUGGAGUUGUUCUUUUGGAGCUUUUAACAGGGAAGACGGCAUUAGACCCUGCAUUUGGAGAGUCUGUGGACAUAGUGGAGUGGGUUAGGAGAAAGAUAAGAAACAAGAAAGCCAUAGAAGAAGCUUUGGACCCUUAUAUUGCAGGACAAUGCAAGCAUAUCCAAGAAGAGAUGCUUCUUGUGCUAAGAAUUGCACUUCUUUGUACGGCAAAACUCCCCAAGGACAGGCCAUCCAUGAGGGACAUAAUAACAAUGCUGGGAGAGGCAAAGCCAAGAAGGAAAAGCAUUUGCCAGAAUUUGACACAAAAUGCAAGCAGAUCAGAGAGGCCCAUCUUUACCACCACCUCACCAGCAAAUAAUAAUAGCCCUCCUGUAGGUUCAUUUCUUCAAGCUGCUGCUUUGAUUUUUUAG